AUGUUAGAUAAAAUAAGCACUCUAAAAUGGUCUCAUCUAUCAUUGUUGCUGUUAUUGGGAUCUUUGAUUAACGCACAGGAAGUAAAUCCUCAGAUGAAUAAUUCCACUACUAGUUUCCAAACAUCAGCAUCAGAUUCAUCGGCAAUAAGUUCUGUCUCUUCGUCUCACCUGGAAAGUUCGACAAGUGCAAUUUCAAGUAGGACUUCCAGCUCAAUCUCUAGCGUUGUCUCUUCAAUGCCCAGAUUUGUUUCGUCCUCCUCAUCCUCGAGAAGAACAUCCGUUGCAUCAGUAUCCUUCACAUCCUUUGCAUCUUCCUUCAAUAGAAAUUCAUCAACAUCAUCAUCAUCAUCCAGAUCCUCUGCCAGCUCGACGAGGUCUUCCUCCUCAUCUUCCUCAUCUUCAUCUUCCAGAAGAACAUCACACUCGAGCUCGUCGACACCAUCGUCCAUUACAAGCUCCUCUACUUCAUCAACCGAUACAUCUACAAGCAUCCCGGCCGAUAGAAGGACAGUAACUUCCGUGAUCCACGGCAAGACAAUCCUGUCAAACCAUUACACAACAAUCACCUACGAACCAUCAAACUCGGCAGGACUAUCAAAUAAGAACACGUCACAUCAUGGACUCUCCAAGAAAAAUCGUAACAUUGUCAUUGGUUGCGUGGUCGGUAUUGGUGUCCCCUUAAUCAUUGCCAUCUUAGUGGUCAUAUACAUGUUUUGCAUACGACCAAAGAAGACAGAUUUUAUUGAUUCUAAUGGGAAUGUCGUUACAGCCUAUAGGAAAAAUAAAUUUACAAACUUUUGGUACAGUAUCAUGGGAAAACCUAUCAAUCCAGAUGAAUAUGAAUCCAAUUCUCCCCUUGGGAGUGGGAAUUCAGAUUUGGAGAAUGAAAUCCAUGAUGAUGAUUCCAAUCCAAAUGGCGUAAAUAGAACGGGGACGGUAAGAAGUGAUAGGAAUGGUGGCAGUGGUCUUGCUACUACUGACUUCAGUGGUCAUUCCAACGAUUUGAUCCUAGAAGAGGAAAAGUUUUAUGACGAAGAUGGGAACGAACUGAAUGCAAGAAAUUAUUAG